CGGCUUGCAUUGUAAUUUAACUCUUGGCCACGUCCACCGGCCACGUCGCCCCGUGUUCGCCAUAUUUCUUGGAGGAAUGCACUGGAAAAGUGUAGGAAACCGGUUAAAGCGAAUUUCAGGCGUUUCAUACUUGGAAUAACAGCGGACAGAAACGGUUGUCUUCUCUUGUUCGAAGAAAAACCAUCAAAAGCUACAAUGAACAUCUUUCGGCUGGCCGGAGAUCUGUCUCACUUAGCAGCCAUCAUCAUUCUGCUGCUCAAAAUAUGGAGAACCAGGUCUUGCGCAGGGAUCUCUGGGAAAAGCCAGAUACUCUUUGCCUUGGUUUUCACAACACGCUAUCUGGAUCUCCUUACAUCCUUCAUAUCCCUCUACAAUACAAGCAUGAAGGUCAUCUACAUUGGAUGCUCUUAUGCCACUGUUUACUUAAUCUACGCGAAGUUCAGGGCCACUUAUGAUGGGAACCAUGACACUUUCAGAGUGGAGUUCCUUGUAGUUCCAGUUGGAGGCCUGGCCUUUUUGGUCAACCACGACUUCUCUCCAUUGGAGAUCCUAUGGACCUUCUCCAUCUACCUUGAGUCAGUGGCCAUUCUGCCUCAGCUCUUCAUGAUCAGCAAGACAGGAGAGGCUGAGACCAUCACCACCCACUAUCUGUUCUGCCUGGGCGUCUACCGUGCUCUCUACCUCUUCAACUGGAUCUGGAGGUUCUACUUUGAGGGCUUCUUUGACAUGAUUGCCAUUGUGGCUGGGGUGGUCCAGACCAUCCUCUAUUGUGACUUCUUCUAUCUUUAUUUCACAAAAGUGCUGAAGGGAAAGAAGCUGAGCCUGCCAGCAUAAGUGCCAAAGAACAGAGACCUGUGUCACCAUUCAGACUCGCAGGGGGGCAUGGGCCAGUAAUGCCACAGCAAGACGCCGAAGACAGAACACGUAUGUGAAACUGUUGCUGUUUUUGUGAAAUGUCACCUGGAUAAAAAUGAAACGGCGCCAUGAACUGCAAUGAGGAUUUCUCUUGGAUCUGGCAACCGAUUUUUUGUUUUCAGCAUCUUGCAAUACCUUUUUAGUGCUGUUAAAAAAGAAAACAACUUUUCUAUGUGAGGUGUACUACAGGAUGAAGCUCCAAAUGUUAACAAUUGACUCAAUUUAAAACCCCUACAAACUCUGCUUAUUACAUGUACUUUUGAAUAUUCAUGACAUGAUGUCUGAUGUCUCCAGGAGUGGUGAAACUUGGCCUGAGGAACAUGUACUGAACAAUAGAACAAUACAUUAGGUUGAGCACAUCCCAUUCUUUAUUUUCCAUGCCAAAUAACAUCACAAUACAAAAUUAUUGAUUAGACUUCAGUGAAAUUUCAGUAUAACAUGAAAUGAAUGGCUGAUUUUAGAUUCCAACAGCAUUUCAAGGUUUUUCAUUAAUUCACACAAUGCCUUAUUUCAGCUACACUUUGUACAGUAUAUAAGCAGAGAUGCCCCCUUGUAAAUGUAUUAACCUUUGUGUAAAGAAGCGAAUGUGAUGAGGAUGUUUUGUACUGCCAAUUCAUUCAGCACUGAUAGUUUGUAUUCUUUAUGUAUUGGCUCCAAAUUACUGUGGGUUUUGUAUCUCUCUUAGGGAUGUAGUCAUUCAUCAGUGGUCAUGAUGUAAUAUACAACAUGCACAACACAGACUAAGAUAAUAUUGAUAAUAGUAUCCUGCAACUAAAUAUUUGUUGUUCACAUGCAGUAAUUUAUCGCAAAAAGCACAUGGAAUUUAACAUGGUGUGCAUAUUAUCAAAAACUGGAGUGUGUGUAUAUGGCUUCCAUAGAGCUGCAUAUAUUUCCCCCCAACUUGAGUCAUUCCUGUAGAGUUUCCUUUCUUUUUUUGUUUUGUUUGUUUUUACAUAUUACCACCUCCAAUAAAAAAUUUUACAGGC